AUGUAUGAGUACGCAGACGAUGGAAGCCCACCCGUGAAUAUAUUGCAGAAUAAAGAUCAACGGACAGACCCUUAUACUUUUGAUGAAGAGGGUAAUGUUACUUUGGCGGGUACCACAGAAGUGGAACAACAUCUCACCACCAAAGGAGAACCCAAACAACAAAACAAUGGGGAGGAGAAGGUUAACGUCAAAGAAAAGAAGACGUGUGAGACACCAAUACUAAUAGCUGCAAAGAACGGAGUGACAGAAAUGGUAGAGAAAAUCAUGGAGUCGUUUCCUGUAGCUGUUCAUGAUAUGGAUGCGAAUAAGAAAAAUAUAGUGUUAUGGGCAGUGGACAACAGGAAAACCUACUUAUAUGAAUUAUUGCUGAAGAACAAAAAUCUGAAGGAGAGUAUAUUCGAGAGUGUGGAUAACGAAGGAAACAAUGCAUUGCAUUUGGCAGCCAAGCUUGGAGACUAUAAACCUUGGCCCUUUCCUGGAGAAGCCCUGCAAAUGCAUUGGGAAAUCAAGUGGUACCUGUUUGUUAAGGAAUCGGUGCCAUCUCAUUGCUUUAAUCGAUACAACAAUAAAAACAAGACACCAAAAGAUAUCUUCAGCGAGACUCACAGGGACAUUCUAAAGAGUGGUGGAGAAUGGCUGAAAAAAACCUCUGAAUCCUGCUCCUUGGUAGCAUCACUGAUAGCUGCAGUGUCCUUUUCCACAUCCACCACUGUCCCCGGUGACUUCAAAGACGACACCGGCUCCCCAACUCUUGAAAACAGGCCAGAAUUUAAAGUCUUUGCCAUCGCAUCUCUCAUUGCUCUUAUCUGUUCUGUUACCCAACUGGUGAUGUUCCUCUCUAUACACACAUCUCGGCAUCGAGAGCGUGAUUUCGGUAAAAGUCUUCCCAGGAAGCUUAUCGUGAGUUUUACAUCGUUGUUCAUCUCCAUUACGUCUAUGGUGAUCUGUUUCUGUGCUGGUCAUUUCUUUAUCCUAAAGGACAAACUCAAAUCAGUUGCAUUCCCUUUAUAUGCCGUUAUGUGCUUGCUAGUGACACUUUUUGCCUUGGCCCAGUUUCCUCUCUACAUCGAUCUCUUAUUGUGUACUUUUAAGAAAGUACCAGAGCCUGGAUACAAAUGGAGGUAA